UUCUCGUUCUCUUGUUAGAAGUAGUAGUAGCCUUCCUCCAGCCUCGGACAUCGGAUCGUUCCAUGCUCAACACGUUUCUUUCCUAUCUUUGUUCCCUUGCUUUCUCUCUAAUUAAACGCUACAAAAAGGCCUUCUCCUCCUUCCAUAGCGUUCAGUGAUCACAACAAGAAAGAAACUGCAUGUAUCUAUUUGUACGAGGAAAUUGAAGGUUGCUGUAUGAUUUCCAUAUCUGUGUGUUCUACAGGAAUUUCUUGUGUUUAAGCUCUUCAAUAAGUUUGGAGGAGCUCUUGCGUUUUGUAUGAAUAAGGGUAGAUAGUAAAGUAAGAUGGAUGAGUUUUCUGGUAAGAGACACAGAGUUGGGGUGGUUGUCCCCAGAAAAGGAUCUAGACUUGUUUCCAGGGAUACCAUUGAUAAAAGAGAUCAAAAUGCUGAAUUUUGCAAUCGUCUUGGAUGCAAUGGAAGACUUAAAUAUGGAAAGAGUAAUCAAAGUGAUUGUGCUGACAAAUCCAAAAAUAUAAGGCCUUCCUGUCAUUCUUCAAAUGGCAAGCAGAUUACUAGGAGCUCCCCAGAGACUUGUUUUCCAAUUAAUAAUGGAAGAAAAUCACGACGUGAUUCUGAUUCUUUUGGGAAAUCUUUGUCUAACUUGGACAAUGAUUCUGCAGAAUCUUGUGGUGUUCGGUGUGAGCCAGAUGUUACGGAACACAUCCCUUUAGUAAAUAGGAAUAACACGGUACUUCAGCCUGAUUUACAAGAUUCAAGUGCUGGUAAAGUCACACUGACAGAAGUAGGGAGUUCAAGCACAGGAUCAAGUAAUAAAUCUCAUAUAGUAUUUCGUCACAAGCCUCCGUCUGGCUGUCAAAAUCCUCUUCCUGGUCCCUCUGUUACAUCUGUUAUUUCUACAUCAAAUAGCAUGGCUUCAGGGUCUAGGAACUACAAUGGGAGUCGGUAUGGUUUAAGAAAUUUAAGAUGCAACUCAAUAUCUGAUGUUAUCCCACGAGGUGGUUCAGCCUCAGAAUCUAAGGUUAAGAGGGAUGUUUUAAGAAAAAGAAGUCCUGAAGCACAAAGUAGUGCAUCUUCUUCAGGAAGAAGAGGUAGCAUGGCUCGUUCUGAAGAUGGACAUGUCUCCGCCUUCAAUACAGGAAUCUCUGUCACUGGCUCAAGACAUGGUAGAAGCUGGGUUUCAAAUAGUGAUUCUCGCACUGCACCUCUGAGGACUCGGAAGGGAUUGAACUCAAAUACUAGGAUUGGGCUUUCAAAUCUUGACAACAGAAAUGCUUUAUUAACCAGUGAAUCCAGUAGCGGUAUUGCACAAUUAUCUAGACCUGAAACUCCUAAUAGUGCAUCUUAUCAAUCUUCCAUGGAAGGUUCUUCAAAUGCUUCAAGCUCCUGUAGACUAUCUGCGAGAACUGGUAUAAUGUCCUUGACGCCCACAGAACAUGGUAUUACUCAUGCUUUGCGGCGACGUAACCUGAAUGGAGUUGCUGAGGUACUACUAGCUCUUGAGAGAAUUGGACAAGAUGAAGAGUAUGAGCAAUUACUUGCUUUGGAGAACGAUUUAUUUCUUGGCCACCUUAACUUCUACGACCAGCACAGAGAUAUGAGAUUAGACAUUGAUAACAUGUCGUAUGAGGAAUUACUUGCUUUAGAGGAGAGGAUGGGUACUGUGAGCACAGCACUCUCAGAAGAGGCAUUUGCUAAAUGCAUCACGAAAUGCAUAUACCAGACUGCUACGGCAGAUGUUGGGGCUGCUGGAUGUAGUGACGAUGAAGCUGAUAUUAGAUGCGGUAUUUGCCAGGAAGAGUAUGUAGCAGGUGAUGAAAUUGGGAAGCUGGGAUGUGAACAUGGUUAUCACGUGGUAUGCAUACACCAGUGGUUACGGUUGAAGAAUUGGUGUCCCAUUUGCAAGGCUUCAGCUGCACCAUCCCAGUCUUCUUUGUCGUCCUAAGCUCAACUGCCAAGCUAUACAAGGACACUAAAUAACAUACCCAUGUACAAAAUUACAGAGUCUGGUCAUGCUUUUGCACCGCCUUCCUUUUCUCAUUUUUUCCCUUCUGACGUAAAUAGUUUCUUAGCUACAUUCAGUUUAGUAAGCAAUAACUGAUUUCUAAGUGGAAAUUUAAAGAUAGGAUAGGAGAGUUAAGAUGUUGAUACUCCUUGGAAAUUUGUUUACAUCUAAAAUAAUGUAACAUUUGUAUCUUUCUAAAACUCUAUAAAGUAAACAUGAUUUCUAUUCCAUUGAACAAAUUUGAGA